UUAAGCUAUCUACCAACUCUAAAAGCCAUGAAAUACAAUGAGAUAUCCCACUUCAGCCACCUUCAACAUAAACUCAAGUUUGAGUACACAGAAAUCCCAUUCAAAUGCGAUGGCUGCAAGGAAGUAGGCAUAGGCUCACGCUACAAGUGCGCGACAUGCGACUUCGAUCUCCACAUGCACUGCGCCAUACCAACUCCUUCGAUCUUCCACCCGUUCUACACCAAGUGCUCCUACCAGUUCCUCUCUCGAGUACCUGGGGACUCCCCGCGCUAUUGCAACGCCUGUGAGAAGGACAUAACUGGGUUCGUGUACCACUGCAAGUCCUGUGGAUUUGACCUCCACCCGUGUUGCGCGAAGCUCCCCAUGGUGCUGGACGACGGGGAGGUCAAGCUCUACCUGUAUCGGAAAGUGAGCAGCUCCUGCCACAGGUGCGGCCGGAAGGGGAGGAGCUGGAGUUACAGGUCGAAAUGCAAGAAGUACAAUUUGCAUGUGGCGUGUGUGAAGGAAAUGCUUGUGGAAACUUGGCAUGAGUUUUUGAGGUCGCAUGGGAAAAGUAGCACUAGUAGGAAGCUGGAGAUGACUAGAAUUCCUAGCCUGAGGAAUAUGCUUCAGAGCCAUCACCGUAAGAGUAGAGGUAAAGUGAAGAAGUGUUGUGAGAUGGCAGGGUUGGCCGUGCAGUUUGUAAUAUCGGCGGUGUUGGGUGAUCCGACGACGCUGAUUGCUGGGGUUAUUGGGUCACUUAUGUCACGAGGGUGAUGUGAAUUUGUGCGAACGUAGGAGGCAUUUGGUGGGGUGGUACAGUGGUACAUGGUGGAUGAAUUUGUAAGAAGUUAAAUAGAAGAUGGAUAGGAG